GAAAAAGAAGAAGAAGAAGACGCGCCGUAGACUCAGAGCCAAGCGGAGCAGAACAGAGAGGGCAAUAUAAACAUUUUUUCUUAAUCAAACUAGCAUAACUGAAAAAAACCUUAAAUGGAUCUAACCGAACAGAUCAGCCAGCUGAAGGCAGACUUGAUGGAGCUGAAGUCACUCUUGGAAAGGUCAGAGAGGAAAAGAGUGCAGGAACUGCUGAAACAGGAGCAGAAGAAGGUGGAGAAGGAGCUUGCAGUCAAACAACAACUGAAGGAGCAACAGGCCAGGAAACAAGCUGACCCCUCUGCAGCCUCCAAAGCAGCAUACACAGUCAAGAUCACCAACUAUGCCUGGGACCAGUCAGAGAAAUUUGUCAAAAUUUACCUUACACUCAAGGAUGUGCACAAAAUUCCAUCAGAAAAUGUGGAAGUUAACUUCACAGAAAGGUCAUUUUCUGUUCUGGUAAAGGAUCUAGAUGGGAAAAACCAUCAGAUGACAGUUCUCAAUCUGUUAUAUCCAAUCGAUGAGAAGGAAAGCUACAAAAAGAUAAAAACAGACAUGGUCCUGGUCAUGUGCAAGAAGCAGACAACAAAAAAGUGGGAGUGCCUAACAAAGGUGGAAAAGCAGUCUAAAGAGAAAGAUAAACCCAGUAUUGAAGAGAAUGCAGACCCCAGCGAGGGCCUGAUGAGCAUGCUGAAGAAGAUCUACGCGGAGGGAGAUGACGAGAUGAAAAGGACCAUCAACAAAGCCUGGACAGAGUCCCAAGAGAAGAAGAUACGAGGAGAAGACAUGAUGGACUUCUAAACUGCACUCACCGCUCUUCCACUGCAAGACCAAGUGAGAUCUUCCAGGGCUGCAGCAGACAUGACUUGAAUGUUAUCUACUGCGAGUUGAAACAAAAAAACUUGAAUGUCAGGGGUUAAAAAAAAAACUGAAGUCCUAAUGAAUAAAUUAUGAUUAUAAUAAUGUUUAAGCUCUGGAUGGCCUCAUUUUGGCCCUGCUUUGAAACCAGGCUGCUGAUAUGAUGUUAGUCUUUGGUCA